AUGACGACAGGUGAAGUUGUAGAACGAGAAACUAAGCCAGAAUCGACAAACAUGCCAUCUAACAACUGGCUAGAGAAACCUCACCAUCAAUUGAAACUAAGACAGGGGGGGGAGCAGAGCAUAGGGAGAGCGAGAGGGAGAACCUCUGUAUACCCUCUAGGAGCACUAUAUGAUCCCAACUCGGCGUUUGGCUUCGAGUUCUUGCUUCAGCUGGAUGAAUUGUCUGCAUAG